AUGGCUGAAUGGGGAAAAGGUGAUCCGCGUUGGAUUGUAGAAGAACGCCCUGAUGCAACAAAUCCAAAUAAUUGGCAUUGGAAAGAAAAGAAUGCGACACAGUGGUCAAAAGACAAAUUGAAUGAACUCCUAAUAGGUCUUAAAGUGGAAGAUGAACAGUUUAUAUGUGAAGUAAAAGAAUUGAAGAAAUGUGAUGGUGAAGCGUCAGCAAAUAAUCGCAAGGCAAAACUUGUUUUUCUUUAUGAAUGGCAUAUAGAAGGUAAAUGGGAAGGUUCAGUCCGUACAGGUGAAAAUCGAACAAAAUUCGAAGGCGGAUUUGAAGUUCCAAAUUUAUCGGAUGAGAAUGACAUUCAUGAAGUAAACAUCACAUUUUCAGCGGAAAAAUCCAAAGCUGACAAAUUAAAAGAAAUGAUGAAGAUCAAAGGCGAACCUCUGAUACGGGAAAAACUUGGAGAAUACGUCCGUUUACUUAAAGAAGAAUUUUCGCAAGGUCUCAUUUUACCAACAAAAAAUUCUUCGACUUCAACAAAUACAAAAGCCACUUCUUCAUCAUCUUCAUCUACUAACAAAAAUAUUGGAACAACAUCAAAACCAUCCUCAACGUCUCAAUCAUCAUCAUCAUCAACUAAUAAAUCAACAUCAUUCGAAACCCGAGAAUUACGUGUCGAAGAUACCUUCAAAUGUCCACGAUCCGAACUGUUCCAGACAUUUACAGAUAUCAACAUGGUCAAAGCAUUUACACAAAACAGUGCUUCACAAUAUGAUUGUCAGCAAGGCGGUAAAUUUUCAUUAUUUGGUGAUAACAUAACUGGAAGUUUUCUCGAUAUCAUUCCUUACGAUCGUAUUGAUAUGUUAUGGCGAUUUAAAUCAUGGCCUGCAGAACAUUAUUCACAUGUUUCGUUGAUCUUUGAGGAAGAUACAGAACAAACGAAAUUGAUUGUACAACAAACGGGUGUACCAACACAAUUCUACGACAAUACGAUAGAGGGAUGGAGACGCUUCUACUUCGAAAGCAUCAAGUCAACUUUCGGUUAUGGAGCUCGACUGUUUUAA